AUGUCUAUUCCAAACGGGUGCAAAACUAAUGCUUGGAGUGAUAAUUGGUGUUCGUAUAGUCCCCUUCGGUCUUUUAUCACCCCUCGAGCCAUUGCUAAUGCUGGGUUAUCUUUAAGUUCUAUGGUUGCUGACCUUAUUAAUGAUAAUGGCCAACGGUUAUGGCCCCAAGCAUGGUAUGAUCUAUAUCCGGUUCUUAUUGAUGUGAAUGUUCCUCAGAUUAUUCCUGAUGCGGAAGAUCGGUUACACUGGAAAGACACGGAUGGUAGACUUCAGGAUUUUAAAACUAGGGAGGCUUGGAAUAGCUUGCGGCAUAGAGAGGGGAAGGUUUUUUGGGUCAAUUCGGCCUGGUUCAGUCAAUGCAUUCCUCGACAUUCUUUCCACUUGUGGUUAGUUAUCAAGAACAAGCUGAAGACUCAAGACAGAAUGGCAGUUUGGGAAGCGGGCAGUGCUACUAAUUUGAGACUCAUGUGCUGUCCCUUGUGCAAACAUGAUCGUGAUUCUAGAGAUCAUCUCUUCUUCCAAUGUCCUUAUUCUUCCGAGGUAUGGGGAUUAGUUAGGAAGAUGGUAGACAUGGCAAGUGCUACGGAUUCGUGGUCUUCGAUUAUGCUAUGGAUGGAACUCAAUGCACAUUCGAAGACUUUGGAUCAUAUUAUUUGUAAGAUUUUGAUGGCAGCUACAACGUAUUUUAUAUGGCAAGAAAGGAACAAUCGCUUGUUCUCUCAGCUUCAAAGGAAUGCGUGUGCUCUCUCGAAGAUUAUCAUUGAUACGGUUCGGCUGAGAAUUAUGGGCUUCAAACUUGGUGGAGAACCGAAGCAUAGGAAGACAUUGGAUACAUGGCUGAUCUCGAAGAAUAUGGAACUUGAUCCGAGCUAA